AUGGAUAGUGAAACAUUGGAAAUGCUGUUAGGAAUGGUUGGACCCGAAAUUCAACGUCGUGAUACUAUUAUGAGAGAGAGUGUCCCGGCAAAAGAACGUUUACUUGUAACCCUACGAUACCUUGCAACGGGAGAAAGCUAUCCUGAACUUAUGGUUUCGUAUGCAGUUUCACCACAGCUAAUGAGUAAAAUUAUUCCUGAAACUUGUUUAGCUAUUUAUAAAGCUUUAAAGGAUGAGUAUCUCAAGAUCCAAGAUGACACAGCUGAUUUGCACGGAGUCUCACAACCUUUCAUAAGCAAGAUAUGUAAAAAUAUUGCAGAAACCAUUGCCCGAAAAUCACAUAGCUUUAUAAAAAUGCCUGCUACAUUGAGAGAACAAGAGGAAGCAAUGCAAAAAUUUCGCAGAAUUGCAAAUUUUCCUACAGUAAUUGGUGCAAUUAACUGUACUCACAUCAAAAUAAAAAAGCCAAGUGAAAAUGGUGGUCAACUAUAUAUUAACCGAAAAGGAUUUGCAUCAAUUAAUGUUCAGGUAGUUUGCGAUGCAGAUUUAAAAAUCAUGGACAUUGUUACUAGGUGGCGUGGGAGUGUUCAUGACUCACGAAUAUUUAGAGAGAGUCGUUUGAAGCAGCGAUUUGAGGCUGGUGCAUUCUCAGGCAUAUUGCUAGGAGACAGUGGCUAUGCUUGCACACCAUAUUUGUUUACUCCAUUACUGCGUACUACAACACCUCAAGAGGAGCGGUACAAUAAUGCACACAUUAGCACCAGAAACACAGUGGAAAGAUGUUUUGGGUUGUGGAAGCAGAGGUUCCGCUGUUUAUUAAGAGGCCUUUACUGCAACAUUGAACUUCAACUGCUAAAACAACAAUUG